AUUAUUCUCAAGGAUGUUAAAAAUUAUAACGUCUUUGAUUAUUCUAUGGUUAGAUUACCCCUAUACUUACUCUUUGGGUAACAUAUAGAAAUCGUUGUUGAUGAUUUUUGACAUUUUUAUUGUUAUAAAUCACAGUAAUUCUGUGUUUAUUUUUUAAAAUUCUUGAGAAUUUAAGAUAAAACACCCUCCAGAAAAGUUAAACUAAUCAUGUACGCGAAUGUGUAGUGAAGAAGAAUAAAAUGUCACCAAAGCAUCGUGGAAGCACAACGAGUGAGUCGAGAAAGGGUACAAUAGUAGUACCGAGUAAAGUACAUAGUAAGACUGGCAGUACCACCAAUCCAGCUGACCUUGUGGGAGUCGAAGAAACAGAAAUUACUGCACAAAUAUCAGUACCAACUGAAGGAGGGUGGGGAUGGGUCGUUGUUCUAGCCAGUUUUUUGACUAUCUUCGUCCUUGAUGGAAUUUACUUCACGUUUGGCAGCGUGUUAAAAGAAAUGACCUAUGACCUUGCAGUAGACGAAUCUUUGGUAGCACUUGUAAAUUCGAUAGCAGUGGCACUUUAUUUUGUUGGAGGCCCUUUAGUAUCUGCCCUCAUUAAUAGAUUUGGAUUUCGAGCUAUUGCCAUGACUGGUUCAAUAACAAGUUCCAUGGCGUUAUUAGGGACAUAUUUUGCUGCUGAUUAUAUGUCAAUCCUAUUUCUAUAUGGACUUGUUGGAGGCGUUGGAGCUUGUUUAUGUAGCAUGCCGUCGGGAUUAAUAGUUGGCUUUUAUUUUGAACGACUUCGUUCUCUGGCAAUGGCAAUAUCGAGUACUGGAUCAAGUUUAGGAAUCAUGGUCCUGUUUAGCGUAAACACAUAUAUUGUUAACCUGGCUGGAUGGCGUGUGCUAAUGCUAUUUCAUUCUGGAUUAGUAGCUUCAACAUACUUCUUUACUAUGUCUUUUAAACCUUUGCUAUCUUUGACUGUAACCACAGCACCAAUAACAGAUACUACUACUGCGACUACAGAACGCACACGCACAAUAACUUAUUUACCAAGUUUGGGGACUAUUAAAACACCAUCUAAAACGAAAAAGGAUGAAAUUAAGGCUAGUGCAGCGGAACGACUCUUUAGCGCAGUGUCUAAUGCGCACUUUCCUACUGCGGCGGCAGUGAUUGGAGAAAGUGUAGCGGUGCAACAAACGGACCAAGCGGGACAAACGGGUCAAAUAGGACAACCGGGAACAUCGUAUGCAGCUGUUCCGUCGAGGCUUAUCGUAACAGCACAAGGACCGCAAAGUGGAAUGAGUAAGAAACAGUUAAAGCAAGUGCAAUCAUUAGUAUCAAAGUCAAGAACAAGUGUACCUGAAAAAGAUAAAGAAGGAGCAGCUGAGAAAGUAGAAUUAGUCAUUUUAGAAAAAGGAAAGCCGCAGAAAUGGUGGCAGAAAUUAUUUCAUUGGGAACAGCAUAUAGCAGAAGCGAGGCCUAUGUAUCGUGAUGACGCUUUUUAUGAGGGUCCCUUGGACAGGUUACCUGUUUAUCAAAAAAGUAUGAUGGAUACCACACCUGCAGAAAGAACUGGUCUUGAAUAUCAGAUGGCCGUUACACGUGCAGUGACCGCUGCAGAUUUAGGAGAAAAAAGAGGAGUUUACACUUCUGCUGUAAGAAGAGUUCUAGCUACAAUGAUGGAUCCAAAGCUAUUGAAACGACGUUCUUUUCUAUUACUAUGCUCUAGUGGAUUCUUCACAUAUUUAGGAUUCUUAGUACCCUAUGUAUAUUUACCAGAUAGAAAUUUGCAAGAAGGAAUAGAUCCCACACAUUGCAGUUUAUUUAUAAGUGUCAUGGGUUUUGCAAAUGCGUGUGGCCGUUUGGUUAUAGGUACGAUUGCCAUGAAAGUCAACCCUGUAAAUCUUUAUGCACUUGUGUGUUUAAUAUCUGGAUUAGCAGUAAUAGCAUUUAAUUUCUCGUUCAAUUUGUAUUAUCAGUACGCAAUAUGCGUACUUUUUGGAUUCCAUAUAGCCAGUCUAAGUUCUAUGCGAAGUAUAGUAAUAGUUCAAUUGUUUGGUCUGGAUAUGUUAACUAAUGCAACUGGUGUUAUGAUAAUGUUUCAAGGUGUAGGAAGUCUAAUAAGCACCCCACUGUCUGGGGUUCUCAAAAAUCAACUUGGUUAUGAUGUAUCUUUUUACGUAGCCGGAAUUUUUGUUUGUAUGAGUGGCAUUGUUUUAGUCCCAGCUAGCAGACUGAAUGAUAUUGAGAAAGAGAGAUUAAAGGAAAAAGAGCAAGCAGAAGAAACUAAGAAAGUUGCAACGCCGACUCUUGCUCCUGCGUCAUCAUGAAAUUGUAUUUAUUGUCCUUUCUUACUUAUGUAAGAUAAAGAAUAUUGUACAAUAUUGAUCAAAACUCAGACUGAAUAGAAACCUAUCUUGUGAAUCAACUGAACUUAAUCAUGUGAUUUAGAAAAAGCGAUGUAUAUCAGUAUAAAUAUACUACAACUACUUACAUAAGAUUUCAAACGGUAGAAUUUUUAAUAAUUUCAUUAUUUUUAAUACUAAGGUAUUAUUAUCAGUACCUUUUCAAGAUUCGCCAUUAUAUUAUUACAUAUAAUUAAUUAUUGUACUAUGUUUUUCACUUGAUGAAAUACGUGCCGUUGGAAAGUCUGCACAGUUAUUUGGUAUGCAGGUAAGAUAAUUAAGAUGGACUCAGUACAUAGUUAUAGUAAAUAUUGUAAUCCAAGAUUAUAAUAUUAUUAUUGUUAACAAUACUAUGUACAUAUUUUGUCGUGUCAAGUAACAGUAGCUAACCAAUGACUACUGUCUUUGUAUCGACUGAGUCUAUCUUAUUUUUGUACUUGCAUAGCAAAUAACUGUGCAGAUUGCACUUAAAGCGGAAAUAUAACUAACAUAUUAUAUUUUAUAAAUAACUUGUCAUGUAGGCAUAUCUUGAUAUUCUGUAAUGAU